AUGCAUGACUUUCAGAUGAACCAUGGAAAUUGUGUAAGCGAGCAAAGUUUGGUCAUCAUCAUCUCUGCAGGGUACAAUUGCCAUUUUCUGUUGGAAAGCAUUCGCUCUAGGGCAACCUGCUAGAGGAGAUGGAUAGAACCAGGCACAACACUAUUCUGGUAUAAUUAAUUCAGAAAAGGAUGCUGUGAUUACUAAAACCCAACAUAGGUUUCUAAAAAAAAAGUCAUGCCAAGUUUCUUUUUUUGAUAGGGAUAGGGUUACAUGCUUGGUGGAUCAGGGGAAUGCUGCAGAUAUAGUGUAUCUUAAUUUCAGCAAGGCUUUUGGCAAAGUCACUCAUUAUAUUCUUGGGAGGUAAAGGUAAAGGUCCAGUCAUGACCGACUCUGGGGUUGCGGCGCUCAUCUCGCUUUAUUGGCCAAGGGAGCCGGCAUACAGCUUCCGGGUCAUGUGGCCAGCAUGACUAAACCGCUUCUGGCAAACCAGAGCAGCGCACGGAAACGCCAUUUACCUUCCCGCCGGAGUGGUACUUAUUUAUCUACUUGCACUUUGAGGUGCUUUUGAACUGCUAGGUUGGCAGGAGCAGGGACCGAGCAACAGGAGCUCACCCUGUCGCGGGGAUUCGAACCGCCGACCUUCUGAUUGGCAAGUCCUAGGCUCUGUGGUUUAACCCACAGUGCCACCCGCGUCCCUAUAUUCUUGGGAAGAAGCUGGCAAAAUGUGGGCUGGACGAGGUAAGUGUUAGGUUGAUUUGUAACUGGUUGACUGACUGAACCCAAAGAGUGCUCAUGAAUGGUUCCUCAUCAUCCUGGAAAAAAGUGACAAGUGGGGUACCACAGAGUUCUGACCCAGGCCUGUUGUUCUUCAGACUUUAGAAACACCUUGGAUGGAGGAAUUGAGGAAAUGCUAAUCAAAUUUACAGAUGCAUCAACAAUGUGAUGCAACAGCAAAAAAGCUAAUGCUAUUCCAGGCUCCAUCAACAGAAGUAUCGUGACCCAAUCAAUGGAAGUCAUGGUCCCACUUGUUUCUGCCUUGGUCAGACUACACCUGAAGUACUGUGUCCAGUUCUGGACACCACAAUUUAAGAUGGACAUUGACAAGCUAGGAUGUGUGCCGAGGAGGGCGACUAAAUUGACCAAGGGUCUGGAAAUCAUACCUUAUGAGGAACAGUUGAGGGAGUUGGGUAUGUUCAACAUGAAAAAGAGGAGACUGAGAGGGGAUAUGAUAGCCCUCUUAAAAACUCUGAAGGGUUGUCAGAUGGAACCAGCUUGUUUUCUUCUGCUCUGGGGGGUAUGAGUCUAAUUACAAGAAAGGAGAUUCCGAUUAAACAUCAGGAAGAGCUGUUUGACUGUGGAACAGAUUCCCUUCUAAGGUGGUGGACUCUCCUUCAUUGAUUAUUUUUAAGAAGGCUGGAUGGCCUUCUGUCAUGGAUGCUAUAGCUGAGAUUCCUGCAUUGUAGGGGGUUGGACUAGAUGACCCCCAGGAACCCUUCCGACUCUACAAUUCCAUGAUUCUAUGAUGGGAUGGAAGCAUGGGGCAGCUUCAAAAAUGACACCUGCUGAAAUUAAAGUUGUAGGGACCUUGCCCUCUCUUGUAUCUGGCCACAGCCUGCCCACCCAUGACAUGACAUGGUAUUCUGUGGACUAAUCUGUAGUGAAUCUUUCAGAUGAUAGCUUUUAGCAGACUUGAUGGGGCAAAGACAGAAAAAUCACCACCUGCAGAGUACAUGCUACAUUAUUUUGUUCCACUGCCACCUCGUCAAGGGUUCCACAGGUGUUUGAAGCAAUACAGAGAUCUGUGAAACCUGUUUUCUAGAGAUGAGGGCUGGUUGAAUGCAUACACCCCAUGAAAAACGAUGCCCAUUUCAUACGUGCUUCAAUUCUCUGGGGGCAAAAGUAGCAAAUUGCAUCCUAUCUUUCACACCCUCCCUCAAUGCUGUUCUCACCACCUUGAUAUGUGAAAAGAGCAAAACAUCACCAUAUAUAGUUAGAGUAAGGUUGCCAGAUUUUUUUCAAUGAAUCCAGGGACACUUUUCAACUUCAAUGGGUUUUGUAUGGGGACUGAUUUGUAAAUCUGGGGACUGUCCCCGGGAAACGGGGACAUCUGGUAACCUUAAGUUAGAGGUCUCCCUUUUUGUAUACUAGCUGACAAUAUUGAUCAGUUCUGCUGUCUCGGAACAGUGUGGGGAAGAGUCUGCUGUAAAUCAUAAUCAUAAUGUGAUUAUUGGGAGGUAACAAUGUGUUGUUUCAAUCUUUGCAAGCUUUUAUCUCUUGCAUGCAGUGCUUUUUUCUGGGGAGGGGACGAUGACGCAGGGGUAUGUAUACCUCUUAACAUUUUGUGAAUCUAAGUUUGGCCUCAUUGAGGGGCAGUAUUUCAAUGUGAGUAGGAAAACAAGAGUACUCCUAAACAUUUUUUUUAGAAAAAAAAGCACUUGGGAAUCAAUUCUACUGGCUGUAUGAAAUGUGUGGAAUAUUAAAACCCAAGGCCUUGUUACAUGAUACUGGAUAGUGACCCACUAUAAACAUUAGAUAAGGACAAAAUGGAAAACACCCACUGAUUAAUGCAUGAAGCAUAUAUACUCUGAUAAGGAUAAGUGCUUUCUGAUAAAGCAGAAAGGUAUCUUCAAAAGAUAGCAAACAAGCAACAGCGAAAGUCGAAGAUCAGUGCUCUUUAGGUAACAUUAAAUAAUGGUUGGGUGAACUUUCUAUGUCACCUUUCAUCAAUGGCUGUGCUGGUUGAGAUGGGGGAGAAAUUUGUUUCAGUUCGUGUUUAAAAGCAAAUUUAUCAGAUUUGCACUUUCCAAAACUGUGCAAGCAGAAACAAGAGUUAUCCUUUGAAAUUUCCACAUACAUUGGUACCUCGGGUUACAUACACUUCAGGUUACAUACGCUUCAAGUUACAGGCUCCGCUAACCCAGAAAUAGUGCUUCAGGUUAAGAACUUUGCUUCAGGAUGAGAACAGAAAUCAUGCUCCGGCGGCACGGCGGCAGCAGGAGGCCCCAUUAGCUAAAGCGGUGCUUCAGGUUAAGAACAGUUUCAGGUUAAGAAUGGACCUCCGGAACAAAUUAAAUACUUAACCCGAGGCACCACUGUAUCUGGAUUUUGGGAUGCAGUACUCCAACCAAUGUUUACACACAUGAGGGAAAUAUCAUCUGUUGAUUCCUAUUUUAUUGUGUUUGCUCCCAAGAAUACAACCGUUUUCUUAAGGUCACAGGCCUCAGUGCAACAAAGCCCAAGGAGACUUUCCUGAGGUUUGGAAAGUAGAUUAGCAGAUACGUUUAUACUGGAAACGUUAGGGAUCUGUACAUGGCCACGAAGACUUCAGUACAAGAAGCCUGCAUUUAGAAAGCUAUGAUUCAUAAAUGAAAUCAUGAUGCACACUCCCUGCCCUGUGUAUUAGUUCUAGAUAUUUAAUCUGCUGCUGUGGUCUUCCCAUCCUGGCAGCUGACAUCGAUCAAUACAGGAAACCUCCCAAGGACUUCCAGCUUUAACCCUGUACAUAAAUGAUGAGGAAUGAUAUGGUUGCUGAUAGCCUGCGAUGACUCCCUGGCCACGCCUGGGAAUGCCUGUAAACUUCCAAUGACAUAGGAGAGAAUGCAUGCUUAGAAACCCUUCUGGAAAAACACAUUGCCAGUAUGACACAAUUCCCUUAACCACGUCCCAUGUCCCACAUCACCUGAUCUCCCUGGGAACAAAUGAAUAUGAAUGCUCAAUAAAUAGUCCCCUGAAAGUGCCCUGGGAAAAGCAUGGAAGUAUCUAGGGUAGUGGGGAUGCGGGUGGCGCUGUGGGUUAAACCACAGAGCCUAGGACUUGCUGAUCAGAAGGUCGGUGGUUCGAAUCCCCACAAUGGGGUGAGCUCCUGUUGCUCGGUCCCUGCUCCUGCCAGCCUAGCAGUUUGAAAACACGUCAAAGUGCAAGUAGAUAAAUAGGUACCGCUCCGGCGGGAAGGUAAACAGUGUUUCCGUGCGCUGCUCUGGUUCGCCAGAAGCGGCUUAGUCAUGCUAGCCACAUGACCUGGAAGCUGUACGCCAGCUCCCUUGGCCAAUAAAGUGAAAUGAGUGCCGCAACCCCAGAGUCGUCCGCGAAUGGACCUAAUGGUCAGGGGUCCCUUUACCUUUACCUUUUAUCUAGGGUAGUAGCCACACCACCAAUGUGGGUUAUGUUAUAAUGGGGGCUUUCUUCAUCCCUAUGGCUCACAAUUUCUAGUCUCCAAAGCUGCCGAAAGAGCACAUUGUCCUCUGUUCUUUGCUCCUGUGUGAACUCUUAUUCCCACUUUCUCUUUAGAUCCUCUUUUGCUUCACCACCCUUUUCUCUAUCUCUCCUGUCCAUUCUUCUCCUCAGGCCUCUGCUUCUUACACUUGGUUGGUAUCCAUCUGUCUCAGGAGACAAUGGAAGAGUGCACCUUUGGGGGUGAAGUCAAGCAGUUGGGAGAGCUGCAGUACCUGCCAUGGUUGUAGAGACCAAUAAAGGAGAGGCGUGUUUUAUUGCAGCUGAGGUAAAUGAAGGCAUCCAGUUGUGCUGAUGUAGGUGUACUGUGACGUUACUUCUUUCUGCACUCUUCCCAGCGGUUGUUCCUCUGGCCACUGCUGUGGAUACACAACCUGACGCAUUGUCUCCAGGUGCUUCGGUUGUCUGCAAGAGAUUCCCACAUGGUAGGGUUGAUGUUGUCAGCCUUUGCAGACGUCUUUGUAAUGUAGAGUUGGUCUGCCAAUGGGCCUGGUGCCUGAAGCCAUCACCCCAAAGAACACAUCCUUGGGGAUCCUGCCAUCUUCCAUUCUGUUGUUGUUGUUUAGUUGUUUAGUCAUGUCCGACUCUUCGUGACCCCAUGGACCAGAGCACGCCAGGCACUCCUGUCUUCCACUGCCUCCCGCAGUUUAGUCAAACUCAUGCUGGUAGCUUCGAGAACACUGUCCAACCAUCUCGUCCUCUGUCAUCCUCUUCUCUUUGUGCCCUCCUUCUUUCCCAGCAUCAGGGUCUUUUCCAGGGAGUCUUCUCUUCUCAUGAGGUGGCCAAAGUACUGGAGCCUCAGCUUCAGGAUCUGUCCUUCCAGUGAGCGCUCAGGGCUGAUUUCCUUAAGAAUGGAUAGGUUUGAUCUUCUUGCAGUCCAUGGGACUCUCAAGAGUCUCCUCCAGCACCAUAAUUCAAAAGCAUCAAUUCUUCGGCGAUCAGCCUUCUUUACAGUCUAGCUCUCACUUCCAUGACGCGGGUGGCGCUGUGGGUAAAACCUCAGCGCCUAGGACUUGCCGAUCACAUGGUCAGCGGUUCGAAUCCCCGCGGCGGGGUGCGCUCCCGUCGUUCGGUCCCAGCGCCUGCCAACCUAGCAGUUCGAAAGCACCUCUGGGUGCAAGUAGAUAAAUAGGGACCGCUUACCAGUGGGAACGUAAACGGCGUUCCGUGUGCUGCGCUGGCUCGCCAGAUGCAGCUUGUCACGCUGGCCACGUGACCCGGAAGUGUCUGCGGACAGCGCUGGCUCCCGGCCUAUAGAGUGAGAUGAGCGCACAACCCUAGAGUCUGGCAAGACUGGCCCGUGCGGGCAGGGGUACCUUUACCUUUACCUUUCUCACUUCCAUACAUCACUACUGGGAAAACCAUAGCUUUAACUAUAUGGACCUUUGUUGGCAAGGUGAUGUCUCUGCUUUUUAAGAUGCUGUCUAGGUUUGUCAUUGCUUUUUCUCCCAAGACUUCCAUUCUGUGGACAUCAGCAAGUCAGCAUAGACUUCGCUGAGACAGGCGUGUGAACAUGCUGGGAAUGUGGACUCAGGAGAGCAUAUCUUUGUUUGAGACUAUGCUGUCAUGUGAUGCCCAAAUGAUACAGAAUAAGUGGAAGGCACUGAGGUGUUGCUCCUGACAGCUGCAAGCUGCCCAUGACUCACUUCCAUAAAGUAGUGUGCUCAACAUGCAAGCCUGGUAGAGCUUCAUCUUGUUCUUGGAUGUUAACAUCACAUUCACCCGUAUGCUUUUGGAGAGGUUAGCCAUUGCCAUAGCUGUGCCCUUUAACUAUGCUCCUUUCAGACACCCCCUCCCCGCCCCAAGCACACACUCUGGACAGAUCAUUGAACUGUAGAGAUGUAUUAUGGUCCUCUGUGCACCAGAAGCAGUUUAGUCAUGCUGGCCACACAACCUGAACAUGGACAAACGCCGGCUCCCUUGGCCUGAAAUGUGAUAUGAGCGCCACACCCCAGAGUCGGCCUUUCACUGGACUUAACCAUCCAGGGGUCCUUUACCUUUUUUACUUAUCAUAAGGCAAAAGGAGGAAAACCUCCCUGUGCACUUCCUUCAUCCCAUGCAAACUGUUCUACACUUCUGACUGGAAUCUUCCUCCCCUUCCUAUCACUCUCCCCACCCCACCAAACCCCCCAUCCAGGGCUGGAUUUAUGUAUAGGCUAAGUAGGCUGAAGCCUAGGGCCUCUAAAUCUAGGGGGCCUCGCCAGCCAGCCUGCUCCCCAGCGCCGCAGUCUCCCAUCUCCCAAAACUGCAAACCCAAGACUUCAUGCAAGGGCAGGGCAACUUGGGCCCAGCAACUAUGAGACUCAGGGCUAUCCAGUGGGGACCAAUUUGAAGCUCUGGGGCCCAACUUGGAAUCUUAGAGAUAUAAAUAAAAUCCAUCUAGAUUGCCCUGGUAUGGGGGUCCCCUUAGGAGCCACCCACAGGGCCCAAUUUGGCCCAAUUCCUCCAACUGCCUUAAUGCCAGCCUGAUGAGACUGUGCAGGGGGGUUGGGGUGACAAGCGCUGCCCCUUCUAGGUCCCUGGUGUCACUAUUCAGAGUACAGACUCAAGUACUUGUUGUGGAAAUAAAGGGGGAGAAAUAAAGGGGGGCACUUAUCGGAAACCUCUUCUCCCUCAAAACCCCAGGACAGGGGUCUGCAACCUUUAAGACAAAAAGAGCCACUUGGACCCGUUUCCGAAGAAAAAACAACUGUUAGCCACAAAACCAUUGCGACAUUUAAAACAAAUAUAUCUCCGGAGCCGCGAUCUGACAGCGGGCGGGAAGGUGACGUCGGUACGGUGCAUGACUAACGCAUGCACCGCCCCCAUGCGACGUCACAGCCAGUACAGCGCCCGCCACAGUGGGGAGUGUCGGGGCGCACAAUGCACCUCCUCCCCUCGCUAGUAUCCGCCCCGGAGCCGCGGCAAAGGUGUAAAAGAGCCACAUGCGGCUCCGGAGCCACGGGUUGCAGACCCCUGCCCAGGACAAUGAGCCUUUGCACUAUUAAUAGAGAAAGCUUGCAAAAUGUAUCCCUUCUGGUUUCUAUUGGCAGAAGUUGUUGCAUUGUUGCAAGAAAGUGUCAAAAUUGUACCCCCUUGUACUUGACCGUGCUGAUGAAAAUCACAUAAAAUCAAUUCCAUAACCAAUUCUCCCCAUUUCAAUGACAUUUUGCUUCAAAAGGAAAGGCAGACUUGGACAUCGCUUUCCUCCAUAAUCCUCUAAGUGAGAGGCCACAUACUCAACUUGGAUACAACCCUCCUCCAUAAUCCUUGGGAUAUACAGUCAAGUACAGAGCACCCCUCCCUUGAGGAGAACAAUGAACAUCCGUUGAUGGGUUUCCUGAGACCAGAAGGCAAAGAUAUGCAUAGACAGCUUUAUUGUUCUUUAGGUGGCAGGUUCUGAAGGAGUUGGGAACUUGAUCUGAUAACUGGGGCAAGUUGAUGAACUUGGGUAACCUCACGACUCCCCUCCCUCCUCGUGACAUGAUGUUGAUGUAUCAGCAAUGUAUCAAUGUUGGUUCUGGAAAUGUAUUAUGGGCAGGGAGGGAAGGUCUUCAAAGAGCUUGUUACCCAUGUUCAGGGUUCUUACUCUGUGUGGAGACCUGUCGUGCAACAAUAAAGAUUGUGGUCUACUGACCAUAGAGACCUGCAGGGACUUCCCCCCUGGUGAGCUGGGCUGUUGAGUAUCCUCACACCCCAGAAUUUUCCAACUCAGAAUCCAGAGCCAGAAGGCCCAGAGUCAACAACCAGCUGCACAGCUCAAGGGUCAGGUCAGUAGUGGUACGUGUGGCACUUUAAUCAGUGGGAGAGUAUGAGUUGGGGGCCGGCUGGGGCAGAUAGACUAGGCAAGCAAGCUCUCCCAAGUCUCUUCCAUUCCUUCCCUCCUCCUUGGCUUGAACAGAGUAAGGCAAGCACGUAUGACUGGCAUUGGCCUCACCCCUUCCAGGUAGGGAAGUCUAUAUUUCACACUUCACAGAGCCCUGUUGGUGCCUGCAGCAUGCCCUGCAGAUUGCCCACAGGCAGAGAGAGGCCUUGGGGAUCAGGGAAGGCAGCAGUGGGAAGGGAUCCUCGGAGGGAUCCAGAACUACCUGUAGAAGGCAGGAGGCCAGGCUGCAGGUUGGUAACUGGACCUCAUCCUGAUUCUGACAUUAAUGGGAAGGGGGAGACCAGGCUCCAAGCUAACAAUCUUUUGCAGAAAAUGUAAGAACUGGAAUCUGUGUUUAUGCUGCAUUUUUGGACCUGUGUGCUAGGUCAUUUUCACAAGGUCAACAAAGCCCUUCAAAAACCAGACCUGUUAUUGAGUUCUUGUGCAAGUUUGUACAGUUCACUUCUGGAUUUUUUUAAAGGAAAAUUAGAGAUAAUUUUGAUGAGCUUGAGAAGCAAGCAAAAGCCACCUUGCCAAAUGUCAACUACAAAACAAGGAGACAAAGAGUGAGGGAACGGCAAAGAAAUGACAGAAGUGUACCUGAUGCCUUAGAUGCUCUUUCUUCAAGAGAUAGGUUCAGGAUAAAAUCCUUUAUUCCUAUAUUAGAUGCACCUGAAGCCAAUUUAAAAAGAAGAAGUACUGUGUACAGUGAUGUUGCACAAUGGUUUGCCAUUCUUGCUAAUUUGACAGCAUCUAAGCAAGAAAUUAAGCAAGGUGUUGAACAGUUGAUGGAAGAUAUUGGAGACCCAGAAGAUGAUGGAAGACCCAGAAGAUAUUGACCUGAAACUUAUUGAUGAACUUUUGCACUUUCACCUGUACAUGACACAAAGCCAUAGGCCUACAGCAGAGCACUCUCUGUCUCAUACAGACCUUUAUCAAAUUAAAUACAAGGAAAAAAUUCAGAUGGCCUUUCCUAAUGUGGAAGCAAUCUUGCAGCUAUUUAUUAGCUUUAUGGUCACUAACUGCUCAGGAGAGAGGAGUUUUUCAAGACUCAAAAGACUUAAAAAUGAAUUAAGGGCCAUAAUGUCUGAAGUUGUCCGCACUGAGCAUUCUGUACACUGAAAGUGACAAACGUAGACAAACAAAUUUUCAUGAAGUUGUGGAUGAUUUUGCUAUGAGGAAGGCUAGGGGGAUAAAAAACAUUUUAGCCUUACUGUAUUUGAUGGUUGUAGUUCACUUCUUAAUAUGUAUUUAAAAACUGACUUUUUAAUGGCAACAUAAAGAUGAUUCCAAAAGUGCCACACUGUCAGGUUAUUUACACUUCACAGGCAAUAUAAUUUGUAAACUCAAUGUGUGGUUUUUUUUUUAAAAAAAGAAUAACAUUACAACUUCAUUCCCCUAAAAAUUAAUGUUUAUUCCACAAAAGGUUUACAAAGUUCAGUUAUUGCAAAAGUUUUCAGUGUUAAUUUUAUGCAUUUUUUUAAAUUCACCAUGGUAUUUAACAAUAACAUCUUAUGUCCUUUAGAGGAGAAACUGAUAAUCGCAGAAUUUUAAAUACCCAUCAUCAUCCCUGGCUUCACUCAAUUUUGUUUCAUUUUCUUCUAGUAGUGAGGGUGGGGGGUUGGGAGGGGCCUCACAAAUGGAGUAGCCUAGGGCCUCUCUUCAUCUAAAUCCGGCCCUGCCCCCACCCCACAAAUAGCCCUAAAUGUUGCAAAGCGGCGUCCAUUCCUGCGCCCAAAUAAUAUCUAGCGAACGGACCAAUUGGAUUCAGAACAAAUCUCCUCUCCUCGUAUGGUACCAAAGGUGCUAAGGGACCUUGGCUUCGGAGUCACGUGCUCAGCGGUCACGUGAGGCGAGCCCAAAGCUGUUCCUUCGUCUCCGUCAGGACAACGUUGCUGCUGUUGCUUCUCCUCUCCAAGCGCGCGCCAGGUAGGAGGGGCGUCUGGGAGGGCGAGGAGAGCGCGCGUGCGCGCGCAUGAAAGGGACCCCUGGCGGCUGGCUCCGUUUUUGUUUUCACCCCUUUCUGUUUUCUGUCUCCUACCGGAGAAGUAGGUCCGUUAAAGGAGACGGGCGCGUGGCUGGGCCUGCCUGGGCGUCGAGGCACAGAAGGAGGGGCAACCUUUGCCCUCGGGGCGCGAGAAGCGGCUAAGCCGCAGCAGCAGCUGGCAGGGCUCGGCUGAGCCACGCCUUGGAAACCCGAGCGCUGCUUGCCUCCGCUUCCUCGCCGCCCAGUUCCUGAGGCUUCUCCUCAGCUACAGAAAGAAAACCCCAAAGCAGCACCUCAGGAUAUCCAACUGAGUAUAUAGCCUGUCGGGGGAAUGCUGCCUUCGCGCCCCCCCCGCCCCUUCUGUGCCCGCAAGGCGAUGGACAGCUGCUAUUUAAGCCGGAGAAGUUGGACGUUUCAAAAACAAUUGCAGAGUUGGGAAGGACCACGAAGAUCAUCAACUCCCAACUUUCUGCAAUGUAUAGGAUGUUUAUAAUAUAUAUAUAUAUUGCCCAACGUGGGGCUUCAACCCAUGACCUUGAGAUUAAGAGUACAAUGGUACCUCAGGUUACAUACGCUUCAGAUUACAUACGCUUCAUGUUACAGACUCCACUAACCCAGAAAUAGUAUCUUGGGUUAAGAACUUUGCUUCAGGAUGAGAACAGAAAUCGUGCUCCAGCGGCACAGCGACAGCAGCGGGAGGCCCCAUUAGCUAAAGAGGUGCUUCAGGUUAAGAAUAGUUUCAGGUUAAGAACGGACCUCUGGAACAAAUUAAAUACGUAACAAGAGGUACCACUGUAUUCAUGUUGUACUGUCCAGCUGAGCUGCUUAAUCCAGCAUCUGUCAUGCACAAAACUCCACUUCUGGCAAAAGUCCCCAGGCAGGACUGUCUAGUAGGGAGGCGGUACUGUUUCAGGGCAAGAGAAGCUUUGGUGUGGCAGAUGCUGCCAGGCUACAACUCCCAUGAGUCAAGGGUUAGGGAUGAUUAGAGUUGCUAUUGAGCAACAUCUGGAGGACCAAAGGUUCCCCACACCUGUGAGCGUAAUCACUAGUGACUAAUUUCUAAGAGUGGUGUGUAGACUCUGGACCAUCUGGUACGCAGGCUGAGACCCUAUCUGCCCAUGGACUGCCUCGCCAGAGUGGUGCAUGCUCUGGUUACCUCCUGCUUGGACUACUGCCAUGCACUCUACGUGGGGCUACCUUUGAAGGUGACCCAGAAACUACAACUGAAUGUGGCAGCUAGGCUAGUGACUGGAAGUGGCCGCCAAGACCACAUAACACCGGUCUUGAAAGACCUACAUUGGCUCCCAGUACGUUUCCGAGCACAGUUCAAAGUGUUGGUGCUGACCUUGAAAGCCCUAAACGGCCUCGGCCCAGUAUACCUGAAGGAGUGUCUCCACCCCCAUCAUUCAGUCCGGACACUGAGGUCCAGUUCCGAGGGCCUUCUGGCAGUUUCCUUAUUGCUACAGGGAACCAGGCAGAGGGCCUUCUCAGUAGUGGUGCCUGCCCUGUGGAAUGCCCUCCCAUCAGAUGUCAAGGAAAUAAACAACUAUCUUACUUUUAGAAGACAUCUGAAGGCAGCCCUGUUUAGGGAAGUUUUUAAUGUUUGAAGUUUUUUCUGUUUUUAGUGUUCUGUUGGGAGCCACCCAGAGUGGCUGGGGAAACCCAGCCAGAUGGGUGGGGUAUAAAUAAUAAAUUAUUUAAUUAUUAAAUUAAUUAUUAAAUUAAUUAUUAAAUUAUUAAAUUAAUUAUUAAAUUAUUAAAUUAAUUAAUUAUUAAAUUAAUUAUUAAAUUGUUAAAUUAUUAUUAUUCUCUCUCCUCUUUAGGUAAUAAUGUGCAUUACGUCACUUCAAAAUGUGCUCAACCCUCCGUACUGUGUUUGGCAGCCCCUCCUUAUUCUGCUGAGUGGGACUGUGGACCUCUGCCCCCAAGGUCCUGUCCAUAUGGCACCACUGAUACCUUCCUUGUCCUGAAAUGAAGGAUUUUUGGAGGGGUUGCAAUUGCUUCUCAACAAGUACCUGCACCUUUCUGCUGGGUACACACAUUAUUACAGAACAAGUGGGGCCUGCUCUAACAAACUGUUGCAAUGGGAGUUGUUGUUGUUGUUGUUAUAGAAUCAGAUUUGUAGAAGUGUAGAGUUGGAAGGGACCAUGAGGGUCAUCUAAGUUAACCCCCUGGAAUACAGAAAUCUGUUACCCAACAUGGGGCUCAGAACCCUGACCCUGAGAUUAAGAGCCUCAUCCUGUACCCACUGAGCUUUCCCUCUGCAUGGACAGAUGUGCUGCACUAUAUCAAGCAACAGAACCACAAUCCGAGCCUUUGGAUCAGCACAUAUAAGCAACUGUGUUUGCACUGUGUUACUGCUAAAGCCCAAUUUUGGUAGACGGAACACAGCAUUCCCGUAUUCAGAAUUCUCAGGUUUGAAUAAGAAGCCAUCAGGAUGGCUUUGAAUCUGACACAGCCUAACUUCGGUUGGUGAAAAUCGUGUGUGUGAAAUUGUGGAUCAAGUUUGUUCCUCAACUUGAAUUUUGAACCUGGGGGUGGUGGAAAUUACACUCAUUUAAUUAACAGUUGUAUUAUUGUUGAAUUCAAGGGAAUUGAUAUGGCUUGGGGAGUUCCAUUUCACUUGCCAAAUGAAAACGAGGGAUUUACAUAAAAUAUGGUAACAUGAUGUAACUUCAGUAUAUAUAACUGUAAGCUAUAUUGGACACAACAAUUUGAGUUUUGCAGAACUCUGUGAAGUUUUAUAUGGGUCCAUUUUCAUGGAUUUGAUUUUGGGGUUCGCAUUUAUUUUUGUACAUUAGUUCAGGUUUUCCUUUUAAUACCCAUUUCUUUUUGUGUGUGUUGUAUAUUCUUCCGAAAAGGAUGCCACAUCUUAAUUUCUGUUCUCGGAGGUCCCCGGUGGUUUGCAGUAGUGCUUGCGUUGCGUCAAGCCAGCCUCUCGCAACAAAUAUAGGCAUCGGUAAUUAGUUCUGCUGUUAUUUUAAUGGGUGAAAUGUUGGUUUUUCCUUUGUGGGUCGUAUCUGACAUUCAGUGGGUUGGCUCCAGACUUAAGUUGGUGCCUCUUUAGACCCCUGUGACUAAUCUGGGGUGCAGCGCUAUACUGAAGAUCUCCUGGCUGAGGUUUCCACAGUUUAGGAAGUGUAACUCACUCGCGCUUCCUCUCUUCUGGCAUACAAAACCAUUCUCAAAUCAUUUCAAUUACAGUUGAAAAUCAGCAUUUGCAUGGCUUUCUUUAAUUCUUAGGAUCCUGUGAUUCUAACACUUCCUAAAGUAACGCACCCUGUUUUGGUUUGCAAGUCACUAUUAGUUUAGAGUUGUUGUUGUUGGUUGUUAUUCUUUUUAAUGAGCGUAUCUCUGUUGCAGAUAUCUUAAAGAAUGGUGGCAAUGCGGCAGAUGCUGCUGUAGCAGUAGCCGCUGCUUUAAAUGUUACUGAACCAUGCAGUACCGGCAUAGGUGGAGACUGCUUCUGCCUCUAUUAUGACGCAAGCACAAAACAGGUACAUGGUCUCAAUGGAAGGUAAGUACCGGAGAGAGAAAGAGAGAGCGAGAGAGCGCGCGCACAUGAGCAGUUGUAUUCUGCUAUGUACUAGGGCAGAGAGUUGUUGUAUUCUGUUACGUAUUAGAAAAUAUAGUUGUAUUCAGUUACGUGCUGGGGUAAGCUGUGCAUUUGGGAUUUCUCUCUUUGUAAUUUCUACUCCCCCACUCACCCUCCAAAACCACCUUUUUGCUGCUGGUUUGAGAGUAGGGGCCAAGAAAUGAGAGGACCAAGGCUGGAUCUAGACGCAUCAAAAAAACAUUUCAGGAAAACGUGUUAUAACCUCAUAAUUGCCAAAAGAUGGGACUCCCCAGCACCAUCUGGUGUCAACAGUGUUAUGACAUACAGUAUUUGAAACGCUUAAAAAAAAAAACCUAAUGUAGCUGAGUCCUAAGACAGUGGUGGCGAAUCUAUGGCAUGUGUGCCAGAGAGGGCACUCAGAGCCCUCUCUCUGGGCAUGCAGGGCCGUCACUUCUGUGCUGGCGGGUAGGGGAGAAGGAGGAGAGGAGGGCUCAUGCGCACUGUCCAAAGCCUGUGGCACCAGGGCCAUAGCUUCUGUGCCGGGGGGGGGGGGAGGAGAAUGGGUUCCCACCAUUCAAAGCCUGUGGCACCAGGGCCUGGAAAGUGAGUGAGGGGCUGAGCAGUUAUUGACGUUUGAUGUGCCCGGGCUUCCCGCCAGUCUGUUUUUCCUACUCGGGAGUAAGCCGCCUUGAGUUCAGCAGGGCUUAAUUCCCUGGGUCAGUAAGCAUAUAAAGACUGCAGCCUAAGAAGGGGCUGCUGGGUUUAUAUGUUUGCUGGGCUUUCCCACAGAAGCCAGCAGAGAAAUUCAUUCUGUGGAGACUGCAAUCAAACGGCAGCUGAAGAAAAGGCAAAAUACAAUUAUUAUUAUUAUUAUUAUUUAUACCCUGCCCAUCUGGCUGAGUUUAUUUAUUUAUGUAUUUAUAUUUAUUUGUAUGUGUGCACACAAACAACCAUUAUUUUCUCAUAUUAAAAAUUGGGAGAGGGUGGCUCUUAGUAUAGCCCUCCAGUGGCCAAAAUUGUGGAACCUUCUAGAAAAAAUGUAUUUCCCAGGUUUGAUGGCUCAUAACACCACUUUGUUUUGGAGUAAUACCAGUCCUUUUUUUCCUGUGGGGACGCAGGAGGACAUUUUGUGAAUUUAAUGGGAGAAGAAAUUCACUGUAUUUAUUUUUCCCCUGGUGGUGAUUUUCUUGAGUCAAAACAAGAGUAUCCCUAAACAUUUUUUUUUAGAAAAAAAGCACUGAGUUAUACCAUAAAAUUAUAUCUCAAUGGAAAGAUAAUUUAAUGAAGAAUGUAAUGCAAUAACAUUUUUGAAGGAUUAUUUAUUACAACAUCAGUCAUAAAGAAGAAGCGUGAAACACACAGAAAAAAAGAGAUAUACAGGUAAAAUGGCUGUGUUGGCACUUUGUGAUAAAGAAGUGGGGUUUGGGUUGCAGUUUGGGCACUCCGUCUCUAAAAGUUUCGCCAUCACUGUCCUAAGAAAACUACUCUGUGAAUGGCAGCCAGGUUGUUGAGUGAAGAGAUGCCACUUCCUUUUCUGACAUCAUACAUUUUAUUGUAGGUGAUAUUACUACAGGAAACAGAAUGCUAGACUAGGGCUGCAGUCCUGUGUACUCUUUCCUGGGGUUAAGUCCCACUGAAGUAGGACAGUUGGCCAGCCAAGAUUAUGUGACUUGCUUCAUGACACACAAUGAAUUCAAAGCACAGGUCUGAAUCCAGGUUUUCCGGACUGAAGCUCAACCUUCUAUCUGCUGGAUCACACUGGCAACGAUGGGAAGCUUGGGAAGGGGAGUGGCUGGAAACUGUGGCAAAUGGAGAGUCAUUAAAGCACAGCAAACCAGCUUGUUGCCACUAGCUCGACUGCUGGAAAAUAAGCAGAUACAGAUUACUUGGACAGAAUUUCUCAAUGGAAUUCCACAUAUAUAACGGAGCUCAGUUUAGUGGUUUUGUUCAGGCUUGCCACACUUAUCACGAGCCUGUUUGCAAUGUAUACAAAUGGUGUUUGUCCAGUUUUAGUGUGUGCCUUCAGGCUUGUGUGCAUAAUGUCACUUUGUUUUUAAGCUGAACUUGAUAACGAUUUUGUGCAAACAUCCUGGUGGACAGAGUGUCUGCAGUUCUGGUUUCAUAUGGGGAAGACUUUCAUUUUAACCAGGAGGUCAGACUCCAGCUUUGCACCUCAUUUCCUUUUCAUUUUGUUCUGAUUUUCCUACAUUCAUAUGCUAUUCUACUUUUCGCCGCUGCAGAGGAAUAGCUGCCCUUUAGGUCUAAGUUGAAUAUUAAUAGGAAGAUGCUAUAAAAGGAUAGUAUCAGGUCCAGGUGCUCUUCAGUUCCUGUUGCUGUAGUCCAAGGGCAGAGAGCAGGACAUGCUGAAAUUCCUCUGAUUAUUAUUUUCCUCCCAGGAACCUUUCACAAAGAAACAGGAAACUCCUUAGAGCAACAUUGCACUAAGUGGCGCAUGCAUGUGGGGAACAAGGUCAACUUGUGCAACAAGACUUUUCCACCCUUUUCUCCCCCACAUGACCCCUAAACAUGUUCUGGUGGUUCCCUCAAACUCGCAGAGCAGAUUUAGGCAGUGCAGGGAGAAGUCUUGUUGUGUGAGUGGACCUCAUUUUGCAAAUGCAAUAACUUAGUUGAUUCCCACCCUUGGUUCGUGUGCUGUGACAGUUUCUGUAUUAAGCCAUGUUUCAAAUAUGAGUGUGCCUCCCUCCUGCUGCGCAGGCCCUAUGCAAAUUCUCCCUCCUCCCACAGCACUCACGCACCUCAAACAAGCCAUAGUAUGGCUUGUCAUGUUGUCCGAACCCAGACCAAGACUUGUUUGUUUCAACUGAACCUUCAACUGAAGGUUCGUUUCUUGGUUUAUUUCUGGCUUAUCACUCAUGAUUUGUUUGAAACAAACCACAAUCUGGGUUUGGGUAGUGCAACAAGCCGUAUUGUGGCUUUUUAAAUGUAUACAGGAGCUAUAAAGUGGGGCAGUGAAGGGCAGAGAAGCCUUGUGGGGAUCUGUGCAUCAGGGACAGACACAUUUUCUAUUAAAAGCUCAUACAUUCUCUUCCUCUCUGCUAGCUGGAGUGUGUGUGUGUAGGUGUAUUGCCUUCUUCUAGCUUCUCAUUCAAACACAUGGGAGAGAUUUCCCACUUAUCAGUAAACCGCCUUCUAUCAGCCAUCGAAACUGGGCUAUGUGCCUAACACAGGAAUAGUCAGCCAAUAGCCACAGUUGCCAGAUCAAAGGACUACGGUGACAGAAGAUACCACCCUUUUGAGUAGCUUUUAAAGCAGGUCAGCUAGAGGGCUGCAUUCUAUCUUGACCAACCUUCUGGGAGCCUCAUGCAAGUGGUGGGCAUACACAAUGCACUUUAACUCACAUGCAUACAUAAGUAAAUACCGUUUCUCCCCCAGCAAUUAGGUUUUGGGGAAAAGUAGCUUCAUUUCAUCCCCAAGUCUUAUUUCAUGGUGAAGGGGUGAUCUUCCUGGAGACUGUAGCUGCGGAAGGGAGACUUAACCACCCAUAACCCACAACAAUGAGGCAUGGGGAGGCAGCCGCCCAUCGGAGCCAAUAGACUUGUUUUCAGGCCAACAGGGCAUUUGGGGGCUUGGUGGGGCAUUGUUGGCAGCGUGAGUAAUAGGAAAACGAUUACCUUUUCCCCCUUCCAGCUGUGAAACACACUCUGAAAAUGCCUCCAUGCUCUACUGUUAGGCUUGAAAAUAUCUGUUGGCUCCAGCCAAAGACUUCUUUUUUCCAAGUCUAGAGGGGACACUGGGAGGUCCCAGGGGCAAUGUCUGGCCCACAGGCUGGCAGUUCCUGACCCAUAUAUUACUGGUACAGAAGCUCUUCGAGGGUUUGGACCUAACAAUUCUAGUUCGUAGGGUUAAGAGCAUUGUAUGGGUUAAGAACAUCUGUUUCUGUGUUGCUGAAUUAAUGUAAUAUCUUGAGAAUAGUGGUUUGAAACAGACCAUUUUAAGAAAAGCAAUUGGUUGGUGUAUCUAAUAAGAGUUUCUGGAAAUAAAGAUGACAGAAUUUCAGCCUUUGAUGAAUCAUUUCUGUGAAAAUGCCCUGGAAAAUGUUCAACAUUAUUUCAGGUUGUUGCCAUGAGGCUUCUAAGCACUGUUACAGUGCCGUGCCUAGAAACUGUAGCACCAUCAUCAAACUUUUUUAAAUAAGGUCAAAUGGAUGCUCUUUUCCUCCCUUUUAUCUUUUCAGUACGCUUGUAAUUUGGUUUCCAUGCGGAUCUCUGUUUGCUUUGCAGCGGUCGGUCUCCACAGGCCCUGACCCUUGAGCUGCUAAAAGAUCACGGCUUCAGCGAGGCAAACCGUCCCCCUCCACUACAUGCACACAACGUCACCGUACCUGGUGCGGCAGCUGGCUGGUGCGAUGCUGUUGCUCUGCAUGGAAGCAAAAAGGUGAACCCCAAAUGAACAUGCAGAUUCAGGAAUAUAGCAUAACCAAAACUGUUUCUUUUUGGCAGAUUUUUUGUUCUUUUAAAGCAACUAUAUUUUGCAUUUUUAAAAAAACAAUAAUAACCUGAAUUUGCUGAUUUAGUUUAUUAUGCACAAUUUCUUCCACUCCUUCCAGAUGUACGGAAAUGCAAGGAGAAAUGGAGGCCACGGAAUCUCCUCCCCCAUCACUAGAAAUGUUACCCCACUUGACUUCUGAAAUUUUGCCAGAUUGUCAGCUUAUUUUCAAGCGUAUAUUCACAGUCAUAGAGACCUGGGAGUGUUUUGGUUGAUUCAUAUUUUCUCCCACUUUACUAUUUAUCAAUAGUCUAUUGAACAGCUUUGUUUAUAGGGUUAAUUUUUGUAAAGAGGAGGCCCUUGGGAAUGUUUUUAAUCAGACACAUGUACAUUUCAAAUGUUACGUCUAGAUGGAAAAAUAAUUGUGGCAUAUUUCCCGGUCCAGCUUUCCAUGCGGCAAAUUCUGCAGCCAGCUAUAGACCUGGCUGAGAAGGGCUUUCCAGUCUCAGAAAUUGCUUCCUACUGCUGGAAGAAAAAUGCUCAUGCGCUUCAGGCGCCUGGCAACCCACACGGGAAGGACCUGCUGAUUGAUGGCCAAGCACCUGAUCACGGACAAGUCUUCUGCAAUCCCUUUUUGGCAGACACUUUUAAGGUGAGCUGAACUCUCUUGAGCCCAGUGUCCUCAGCUCAGAACUAUGGCUGCAUUCAAACAGCAGGUUAUUUAGUUUUCCCAACAUUUCCCCAGCCGUUCAUUUCUGCAUUAUAUUUGAGCUUUCGCACGGUGUAAAAUCUGCUUAUAGAAAUACAGUGGAAUGUAGCACAAAUUCAGCGUUCGUUUUCAUGUUAUUUGCUUCCAGAAAAAGAUCUGUUCAGAAAUAACAUGGAAACGAGUUCCAAACCAGAUCUAUGUUCCACUAUAUUUCCAGAAGUGGUUUUUAACGUUGUGCAGAAACUCAGAUAUGAUGCAGAAAUUAACAGGUAGGGAAAUGUCAGGAAAAUUGAAUAAACUGCCAUGUACAUGUAGCCUGAGUGCCAUAAUCACAGAAAUCCUGGCAGCAACCAGGGCAGUGGCAGCAGCCCAUUUUUACUGCUGUUGCAAUCUCAGGAAUCGCUUUCAGGUGACUGCUUGUAUCCAUGGAUGAGAUGGGAUGCGUAUUGCUUUACUUCCUGCAAAUGUGUUCUAAGAAGAUAUCAGGUGCCAUGCAAUGUGGAAACUUCUGAUGUCAAUGCUGGCUGGCUGAUACAGUGGUACCUCGGGUUACAUAUGCUUCAGGUUACAUACGCUUCAGGUUACAGACUCCGCUAACCCAGAAAUAGUACCUCGGGUUAAGAACUUUGCUUCAGGAUGAGAACAGAAAUUGUGCUCCGGCGGCAUGGCAGCAGCAGGAGGCCCCAUUAGCUAAAGUGGUGCUUCAGGUUAAGAACAGUUUCAGGUUAAGAACGGAUCUCCAGAACGAAUUAAGUACUUAACCCGAGGUACCACUGUAUUAUGAUACUAUACUGGCAACCCUUUGCAAGUGUGGAACUGCUGGUGGAUGAACUCUUGGUGCCUGAAGUAUUUCUUGGUCAAUCACUUGAGAGAUUUCAGGGAUCACGAAGAAGCUUUUCUUCCAAGCUCUUCUAGAACAGUGAUUUCCAAACUGCCUCACCCCUCCGCCCCAGAUCUUUUGAAAAGUGCCAAGAGCCUUGGCAGACUACUUAAUUAUUUUCUGCCUCUUGUAAUGUGCUUUGCUAGAUGCUGUAUGAAUUCUAACUGUAUCUUUACUCCUUCUAUUUCAUAUACACUGUGUUUUACUGUAUGGCAAUUUGAAUUCCAUAUAAUUCAGUGUGGUGUAGAGGGAAUAAAACUGUUUGGUGCCAUGGAACUUACCAUACAAAAGCCUACAAGGUGUUCUGCCUCAAAUCUCAGUAUUUUAAGUACACGAUUGGUUCAAAAAAGGAGGAGAAAAUCAAGGGUCAAACUAGGUGUUAUACCAAAUGCAUCUACUGAUUGAUUGUAAAAACAAAAACAAAACCUCAAAGUGGUUUAAAAUUAGAAAACACUACAUAUAUAUAUAUAUAGGAGGGGCCAGUUUUAUUGGGACUGCAACACACAAGGUGAGAUUCAACCCUUUCUUCCCCAACCAUGAUUUUAAGGGAAAAAACCACCCCACCCACGCUGCUAUUAGCCUUAGAAAGAAAGCUGUAGCUGACACUGGCGGGACCUCCCCACUAGGAGGGGUAAGAGCAGUAAGGGGGUGAGGGAAGGACUAAAUCUCCCCUCCGUACAUUCUAUGGUCUCAAUUAAAUUGAUGUUUAAUUCUUCCUUCCUCAUACCUUGCAUCCCCAAUAAGAAUCAGUCUCUUCUGGCACCUAUUACUAUUUUUCUUUUUAAAUCCUAAUCUGAUAGCUCAGUUGGUAGAGCAUGAGGCUCUUCAUCUGAGGGUUGUGGGUUCGAGGACAAAAGGAUUCCUGCAUUGCAGGAGGUUGGACUAGAUGACCCUCGUGGUCCCUUCCAACUGUACGUUUCUACGAUUCUAUACAAUCUUUCCAGUGAUGCAGUUCAUGUUGUGUCUUCUUUGACCCUUCGUUUCUGCCCUGGUGCAGGUAAUUGACUCAUAUCCUUUUCCUGCUCUGAUCUUGAAGGGAUGUUGGGAGCAUGCCAUCUAGGAAGUAGUAUUUUGCUGACAUGUUGAACAGAGAAAGGAUCAGAUCAGGGCAGUACUCAUUGUGGAAUUAGACCCCAUACUCCUUCCCCUGCCCCCCUGCUCCAUCUGUGGUUCCAUACUCCUUCCCCUGCCCCCCGGCUCCAUCUGUGGUUCCAUCUUUUAGAGAGGAAGUGAGACGUGUUGUCCAUGGGAAUGAUGAAGGCUGGUAUUUAUCCAAAGAGAAAUGUUUCACGCUAUGCAAGGAAGUUAGUGGGGAAUGACAGUAAUGUACAUCAAAUUUAAUUUUAUUUCCGCAGCAAUUGAAUUUGCUUCCAGGUUAACUUGGUUUUCACUAAGCAUAAGAGAUUUGGAGGCUGUAUCUGAAUAUUCUUCAGCAGCAUCUCCCUUUUUCAUUUUUUUCUGAUAGUUAUAAAUGUCAGUAUGCUGCAGGCUAACAAAUACUGCCUCUUAACCUUACUGAGGAGCUAAUGUAAGGCUAAGAAGCUGUUCAGAGUCCAAUCUCAUAGAAAUCAGUAAACAGAACACUAUAGGCUGAAAAGAUGGAUUCAAACUAAUCCCUUGUCAUUCUUAAUUCCCUUCCAUUGUUCAACUUGGAUUAAUGUAACGCAUUUAACCUAUACUUCAUAACCAAUUUGGGUUGUUUCCUCCACCCACAAUGUAUUCAUUUCCCUACACUCAAGAGUUGUGAAUAACAUUUAUCCGCAGUUUUAAAACAUGCAAAUAUAAUUUAAUAUACGAUUAACAUAUGCACAGACCAUGGGUUGCAGGUAUAUUUGGUCCUCUCCUCAAAACUGUUCACUCCUUCGAAAGACAGUUCCCUCUGUCUUUCUGUAUCUCUUGAUGCCACUGGCUGAGCUACUUUGAUGUCGCCUUGGGCUUUCACUGGUGAUAGCAAAUGGCCCCAGUAGCUGUUAUUGACUUAGCUGCUGUGAUGGCAUGGAGAACUGGGAGGGAUCAGGGCCAGGUAGCUGAACGUAAAGGGGAAAUGAAAAGAUCUUAGCACAUAAAUUCUACGUUCAGCAAAUUUAAACCACAUAUGGGCCUUGAAUUAUAUGUUCUUGGUACAAAUAUUCCACUUCAUUGCAGAGCCUUGCAGUGAGCAGAGUCACCCAGCAGAUAGAUGAAAUGUUAUGCUCAAUAAAAACUCAAAUCCCACAAAUGCAUGACCCUAAAACAGAGAAUGUGUGAAGAGAAUUGACAUAGAUCCAAAGAGCAUGUCCAGUGAAUUAUUUUUUUUUGGGGGGGGGAUAUUUUCUCUUUGAACAGAAUUCCAUGUUACAAUCUCCUUUGGAAACUAAAUGUGAAAUAGAAGUUCAACAUUGCUGUUGCCAUGGCAAAUGAUUUGUGAGCUUCUUGUUUGCCGGCCAUAGCGUUGGUCACAUUUGCUUAGAUCGAUGUGUGCGGUGCUUGAUACUGCUUGAAUUCAGAAUUGCUAUUCACUCACAAAAGGAUGAAAGCUGUGAACAGUGAGCAACCUGGUAUACAACCCUGUUUUCAUCUGAAAAAGUCAGCUGUCACCUAAGGGAGUCCAGGCCUCCAUCCCUGUUUUUGAAUAUCUACGAGGCGGAUUUUGGAUCUCUUACAGAGAACUGUAUAGAAAUGAUGAAAUUAGCCUCUGUUGGAUACACUUCACAUGAGAUAAUUUCCUCCAAAUGAAGCUGGGAGUACACAAACUGUGCAUUGUGAUGUGUGUCGAACAUAUUGUCUAUGCAUGCUGAAAUAGAUAAUUAUACAAAGCAGUCUGCAGAGAACUCUUUGUUUCCAGCCAAUAACUUCAGGUAUUUCUGUUUCACUAGGGGGUGUUGUGUGCGUAAACAACAAUGUCUUAGGCAUCUACUUUCUGUCGCAGGAGGUGAUGUUUCAAAAGUGCAGCAGGGAAUACAGUGCAUUUCUCUGCUACAUAAGCAAUGUUGUUGUUGUUGUUGUUGGGAAUUUUGGAAACCACGGCUCUUGAGUACAACGAAAGACAAACAUCUAACAUGAUAAUAAGUGCACAAAUGACACAUAAACAACAAAGGAUAUAUGACUUUCAAGAGUCAGUGCGUUAGAUGAGAGAGAUCCCUCUCCUACAGGGUUUAUCUCACUUGAGGAAUGAGCCUUUCUUGACCUGCCGAUUUCAUCUGUUAAUAUUUAACAAAUUGGUGCCAGGUGGUAACCUGGUACGUAGAGGAUGGUACACUAUUUGCUUAAACACGGGGAAUGACACAUGCCCUUUUGUCUUGUUGGUGCCUGGUACCAACAACUUAAUAUCCCCUUUGAAUGACUGGCGUUGAAGUUGCUCUUCUUUGAAAUCGCAUCAGGAGUGACAGGCAGUUUCCUUUUGUGUACAUAAGUGCCUAAUUGUGCUCUCUUUACUUCUGAAGCUACUCAUUUACUGUGCAUGCUAUAAUUUUAAAGCGACAGCUCACCCUUGCUUUCUACAUACACCCUUCAAACAAAUAUAAAAAUGCUGUAAUAUUUAAUAAAGUUACUACAUUUUACCGCCACAUGAAAGGACGGUUCUGGAAUAGUUGGUCUUGCCAGCUAUGGCUUGGGCCACCAAACGUUCAGAGCACAAUGGGCAGCAUUCAUUUAAUGCAGCCCAUCAGCACAAAGACUUUGCCCUUCUCCUCUGCCAUGUGCCCUGUGCCCCUCCAAAUUGUGGGGGUGGGUGGGCAGGAACAGCUUGUGGGAGGGAGAAUGGGGGUCAGGGUUGUUCUGUCUGGCAGUCUGCAACGCUUGUGCAGAUGGAACUUCCAUAAUAACGUGACAUUGAAUUCCACCCUGCGAUACCACUUUUGUAGUUAUGGCUUCCCCCAAAGAAUUCUGGAAGCUGUUAAGCGUGCUGAGAGUUGUUUGGAGACCCCUAUUCCCCUCACAGAGCUUCCGUUCUCAGUUCCCAGGGUUCCCUGGGAAGAGGGGUUGAUUGGUAAACAACUCUGAGAAUUGUAGCUCCAUGGUGAGCAAAUUGCUUAAUCCUGAGGGCCCUCUAGUCCAGUCCCCUACAAUGCAGGAAUAUACUUGCAGUCUGUGAGUGUAAUGUGCAGCUGAUGUGUGUUACAAGUGACCAAGGCUUUGCCGAGACAGUCAUGGCACCCUUUUUGAACAUCUCAUCAUUUUGGUAUCCAUAGUUAUUUAAGCGCCUAACUGAAACAGCCGUACAUGUGCGUGCACACACACACACACAGUGCACAAGGAUCGAGAAAAAUGAUUUCUCCCUCCUUUCCACUAUCAGGAUUACUAAUUCCCACUUCCAUCUACAUAGAUUCUUGGUUAGUCAUUGCCCUUUUUUAAUGCAAGCCAUUGAUUUUUCAGAAAACACUCUUGAAAUAAUUAUGAUACCAAUACCACCACCGUUAACUUCUUGCUGUCUUUUGCCAAAAGACUACAAAGGACUGCAUAAGCAAUUUUUUGAGGCUUAUUUAUUCCUCUGCUUAUUUCUACAUUGCUUUUAAAAAAAAAACCUGGCUACUAACCAUGAUGGCUGUGCUCUAGCUCUACAACUAGAUGCAGCGAUGCUUCUGAAUGACAGUGGCUGGAAGCCCUGGCAGGGGACAGGACUCUUGCGCUCAUGUUCUGUUGUCCUGGUUUCCCUCAGGUAUCUGGUUGACCACUGUGAGAACAGGAUUCUGGACUAGAUGGACCACUGGCCUGAUCCAGCAGGCUACUCUUAUGUUCUUAACUACCAAAGCUUUCCAUUCAGUUACUUAAAUAAUGGCUCAAAUUAUUUGUGGAUUUAAGCCUUGACUAUUUUGUGUGGUUUUUUGUGGUUUUUUAAUAUAAUUUUUAUUAGUUUUUCAACAUAUCAUUUUCAACAGUAAUUAAGCAUACUUUCAUAUCUUAUACCAUUUUUUUGACUUCCAUCAAUCACAUCUGAAAAUUUUCCAAUCUAUUCACUAAAUAUACAUAUACUAAAUAUACAUUUCUUACUUCCACAAUUACAUUUAACUCAUAACUAAUAUCUCUAUUCUUUCUCUACUUUGCAAUGCUUCAUACAUUUCUCCUUACAAAACUUCUUGUAGUCCUACCAGCGUAAUUUGUUGAUUACAGUUGCUCUUCAAAUAGUUCGUAUAUUUCUUCCAAUCUUCUGUAAAUCUCUGGUCCCGCAGGUUUCAAAUCCUUCCUGUCAUUUUAUCUAAUUCUGCACAGUCCAUUAAUUUUGUCUGCCAUUCUUCUUUCGGCGGAAUUUCUUCUAAGCCUCUACUAUUUUGAUUAACCUCCGCUACUGAACUGUGACCUAAGAUGAUGUUCAAGUCUGUAGUGCAUUCCUUCGGCAAACCAGACACCUGAGAGCCAAAUUACCCAGCUAAUAAGCAGCAAAUGGCACAGUGCAACUGUAAAGAGUAUGGGUUGCUCGUGCGUAAGUUGCCGCCUCUCCUGGCUUUGUUGCCUUGUUAAACCUUUCAGUCUGGACAGCCCUUCACUUCGUGGCUGCCUCAGUCGCUAGCAGAAUCCGUCAGUGGGCGUUUCUUAAACCUUUUCCAACAUAAAAGUUGUUUGACACCCAGUCUCCUCCUACUCUCUGCCGAGUCUUCUGCGCAGAGAGGGCGUGGGUAGCGGAGGACCCGUGCUCUCCUCGCUGGUGUCCAGUGAAGAGUCUGGGAGCCCUCUCGCCGAUUCCCCCAUCUGCCCCUCUUUAUUCCUGGUGUUGCGCUGAAUUGCUUCCCCAUCUGCUGAGCUGCCUCUCUCCCUGCUGGGCCCUUCUCCAGCAUCAUUUGAGAGCCUUCCCUCCGCCUCUAGCUCCGAUGUCAGUUCCCUGACAGCAACAAAUGUAAAUUUUAUCUUUGUUCUUGUUUCCUGGUUUAUAUAUACACUCAUAGACACCCCCUCCCCGCUCUGCCCUCCACCCAGGCAAGCAAGCGUCACUGUCAGAAUCCAAGGUCACAUUGCAUAGUAUUUCUGCCCCCACCAAAAACACGCUUUUCUUUUUUUGCAGUUUCCAAUCCAGAUUAUUUUCUUCUUCCAGGAGUUGGCAGAACUUGGCAAACGAGGCUUCUACGAAGGCCGUGUGGCCAAAGCUGUUGUGGAUGUUAUUCAGAGCAAUGGUGGAGUGAUGGAUUUGGAGGACCUGAAAAGCCACGCCACUGAAGAAGUCAAACCUAUUGUCACAAAUUACAAGGUAAGGCGGCGAUUGCAAUGUUCCAAAAUGAAUGGAGUUUGUGGAAUUAAUCACGGGCAACUAGAGCACAGUCUCGUGAGUCCCUAACAGAGAUAUUGGUGAAACUUGGAUACACGGUACCUAGAUACAGAGAGCUCAGAGCCUCCGAGGUUUGUAACGCUCUCCUCAGUGUGAUAAUUAGGAACUCUGAAUUCUUCUCCGAGUUUCAAUCUGAACCAUAGAAAUAUUCUUGCCUUGCUGUCCAACCUCACACUGGAAAUGGCCAUCUUAAAACACACACACACACCUUACUUGAGCCUAAGUCUCCUUAUUUAAAAAAAGAAUCAGGCUCCAGCAGCCUUCAAAACAAAGCAUCCCAUAACUAGGGAACAAUGGCUGAGAAGCCUCUGUUCCAUUUCCCAGUGCAUCUGAAAGUACCUUUUAACAAGCUUUGAGCCUUUGAUAUCUAAUGCUUAUAUUAAAAAUUGGACACAUGUCCAGCCGCACAGUUGAAUUCUUCCAGUAAUGGAAGAAUUGGGAGUAUCCACUACAACGGUGGUCCAGCUUUUGCAUUAUCUGUCCCUCCCACAGAAUUUUCUGUGAACGGGAAUGCCUUUUUACUCAAUGUGUUUCUCUUUAUACUUCAAAGCGGUACUUUCCAGUGGCACAGCCAAGGUUGGAAAGAAAAUGGGGUUUCCUUGCCAGGUCAUUCUUGGGAUUUCCCCCCUCCCCUUUGUUUUGUAGCCUCUGUUUUUCAUCCUGUAAUUUUCAUACGGUAAUAAAAUUGCCUGGCAGACUCUUACCUUCCUUCCAGACCCACCCAUGCCAUGAAUACAGGCUCUCAAAACUGAACUUGGCUGUGGUUGUUUCCUUUGAAAAUAAUGGGAAAUACAUUGAGGGGUGUCCAGUUUUUUGAGGGAAUGUGUGCAGAGAGCGAGAGAGAAGAGGUCAGUUGAAGUGUUCUUGAGAGGUCGACUUAAACACUAAUUUGUGUCUCUAACAUAUUGGGCUCAUGAUUGAAAUAUCUGAUGAGGUGGUUACUUUCUUUAUGUGUACCCUCAACAAAUUCAAUUUAAGUGCCGUAUAAUCUGAUGGCAUACCAUGUGAAUUUUGCCCCUCUUUUUUCUAGUCAGUAGGUAAUGUGAAGGCACCUAGGGCUUGUUGACUGAAUCACAGGUCUAUUAAAAUUCAUGGUACUUCCCAGAGAGCUAGGCCUCUGAAAUUUGGUUCAUACAGACAACCUGUUUACUUCACUUCCCUCUCGAUUUGCUUAUGUGGAGGUUAGACUAUGUCCUGUCCUUAUUAAGCAUUUGUUCUGAUUUGUUUUCAGGGAGUUAUAUGAUAAGAAUGUUCAUCUUGAAUACAUCUUGAUUUGCUUGUGCAGUAGUUAUACACACUCCCCGUUAAUCAUCUGUUCAUCUCCUGCUUUUUAGCGCGUUUCCCCAUCACUUUCCUAACUGCAAAGAGUUCGUUUUUUUAAAAGGGGAUUUGCUGCUGUGCAAGGGCAACAGAUCCACUUCAGUUGCACAAACCUAAAUUUCCAUUACUUGUGUGAAUCCUUGCCACAAAAUACUGUCUGGGAGCGAUCAUGGUCCAAGGCACCCCAAUUACAAAAAAGAAAGGUUUGGGUUAUUUUACAUCUGUACAUCCUAAAAUGCAAAGGGAACAAGUUCACAUUAUACCGAAGCCCUUUCACUAUUGCAAAACUCCUUUGAAAGGGAGCCAUUUGCACUGGAGAGAGGGUGGGAAGGAGAAGACAAGCUGAACUGGAAUAGAGAAAGGAAACCAGUGCUUAACUUUUCCUCUGGCAAUUAUCGUCCCCCCCCCCCCAAAAAAAACCCCUUGCUAGCUGCUUGAUUUGGGAGAUUGCCAGAUUUCAGUAGCAGCUACCAAUAGAAACAUGUGCUUCCCCAAUACAAGCUUAAUUAGUUAGUUCUGUAGAUACUCUGCACUAGGAGGGAGGGAGAAUUUCAGUUCUGUUCACAUUUAAAGUCAAACCCACACUUUCCAAAAGAAGAUGCAAAGCUAUCCUUUGAAAUUUUCACUUAUUCAGAUUUUGCGAUGCAGUUCUCCAACCAAGCAGUGUUUACAAAAAAAUCAUAUAUUAAAGGGAAAUGCACAUAAAAUGUAAAUAUUGGGGGAAAUAAUAUACAAAAAAGCAUUCUACAGUAUUUGGAAAAUUGCUUCCAAAAAUGUGAAAUUAGUUGUAUAUUAGUUAAAACUGCAGACAGAUAUACUAAAUGUAUAUUAGUUAAAACUGCAGACAGAAAUGUGUUUAUUAUGAGAAAAAUGCACCAAAAUGCCAAUGAAUUUUUAAAAAACAAACAAACACCAAAUUGCUGCAGAAAUGUGGAAAACUGGUUGAUGCUUGCUGUUGAAAUUGAAAUACAGUGGUACCUCGGGUUACAUACGCUUCAGGUUACAUAUGCUUCAGGUUACAGACUCCGCUAACCCAGAAAUAGUACCUCAGGUUAAGAACUUUGCUUCAGGCUGAGAACAGAAAUCAUGCUCUGGCAGCGCGGCAGCAGCAGGAGGCCCCAUUAGCUAAAGUGGUGCUUCAGGUUAAGAACAGUUUCAGGUUAAUAACGGACCUCUGGAACUAAUUAAGUACUUAACCCGAGGUACCACUUGUAAAUAGAGCUCUGCCACAUGACCUAGGGCUCAGAAAAUUGGUAUAGCCCAAGGCAACCCACUUAAGUGAAAUGUUGAGUUCAAUGGGUCUUUACUCCCGGAUAGGUUUGUAGCAGAUGAUUGCAGUCUAAAACUCCUAUAGUAUUCAGAAGCUGGUGUUUAACCCUCAUCAAGCCUCCACCUGGUUGUUAAGAAGUCCAUCUCUUAACACACAGCACAGGUGAUUGGCGGUAUGGAAAGAGAGCAUGAAUCAAACAAGAGAUGUUUGCACAUAGACAUACAUCACUGAGUGGCAAAACCUCUGGAACCCCUUUCUGACUGGGUAGCGGGGAAAGGAGAGAGAUUUCAAUCCAGCAUUUAUAUAGCCUGGUCAAAGCUCAUCACACUGCAAGUAAAACGUCAUCACACAUACCUGUGUGACACUCAUGAGUGUCAAAUAAUCUCAGGGCAGUUCUGAGAGUGUCUGUGCCUGAGGAACUUGUGAUGCCAGAGUUCCCACACAAGAAAAGGAGAAGCUCAGAUACCAUAUUAUUAGUGAAGGUGUGUCAUGUUUUGCACUCGUGCCAUUCCAGUACUGCCAAUAAUAGUACCUUUCUAAGCCCAUACUUACUAAUAAACCUAUUAGUCAUGUUUGAUGUGUACACACACACACACACACACACACACACAGAGAGAGAGAGAGAGAGAGAGAGAGAGAACAAUGAGUAACAAAGAAGCAAAAGUUAAAUAUACAUGCGUUAUUUAUGUAUCUUCACUCAGACCCAUAGUCCUUCGAAAAUCUUGUGUCAUUGCUUUCACUCUAGUUAAGUAUUUCUGAAACGUUUUUUGAAAGAUAUAUUAGGAAUGUAGGAAGCUGUCAUAUGCUGAGUCAGGCCAUUGAUCUGCCUUUGUCAGCCGUGACUGGCAGCAGUAGAUUUCAGUUCUGGGGCAGGAUUUGAACCUGGGUCUCUUCUUUAUGCAAAACAGAUGCUGGAUCACUGAACUAUGACUUUCCCCUUAUUGUUUCCCACCAGCAAAUAUACUAUGCGUAUGAAAUGGUCUGGAAUUGUUUUUUUAGCUUUAAGAAUUGGAUGUAGAUGAGGGCAGUUGUUAUAAGAAAGCAUUUGUGUGGUGAAGAUACGGGAGCAAAUCAAACUUAUUUAAAAUAGUAUAUAGUCAAACCUCGGUUGCCGAACAUAAUCUGUUCUGGAAGGCCAUUCAGCUUCUAAAAUGUUCAACAACCGAGGCACGGCUUCUCAUUGGUUGCAAGAGCUUCUUGCACUCAAGCGGAAGCCGCGUCAGAUGUUCGGGUUCCGAAAAAUGGUUGAAAACCGGAGCAUUUACUUCCGGGUUUUCAGCAUUCGGGAGCCGAAACAUACAAUAACGAAGGCAUUUGGGAAUCGAGGUUUGAACCACUGCAUACUUAAGUGAAGUUGCUUGCCAAAUUACAGAAGUCACCUCUGCUAUAUGCUACUGCAUUUACAUGCAUUGAAAUCAUACCCCAAGGGACGCAGGUGGUGCUGUGAGUUAAACCACAGAGCCUAGGACUUGCCGAUCAGAAGGUGGGCAGUUUGAAUCCCCGCAAUGGGGUGAGCUCCUGUUGCUCGGUCCCUGCUCCUGCCAACCUAGCAGUUCGAAAGCACAUCAAAGUGCAAGUAGAUAAAUAGGUACUACUCCAGCGAGAAGGUAAACGGCGUUUCCGUGCGCUGUUCUGGUUCGCCAGAAGCGGCUUAGUCAUGCUGGCCACGUGACCCGGAAGCUGUACGCCGGCUCCCUCGGCCAAUAAAGCGAGAUGAGCACCGCAAUCCCAGAGUCGGCCACAACUGGACCUAAUGGUCAGGGGUCCCUUUAACUUUUAAAUCAUACCCCCCCAAAAAAGAAUUCUGAGAACAGUCACUGACCCCUCACAGAGCUACAACUCCCAGCACCCUUAACAAACUUUAAAUGUACGGUGCUUUAAAUGUUUUGUGUGUACACAGUCUUGGUCUUGAUUCAGCAACGCAGGAAAGACUUUUAUACUGAAAGUCAUCAGUGUCUUGCGUGGAAAGUUUUCCUUUUCUUUAUUGUUCCUUUUCUGGGGUACAGUGUGUGAGAAGUGACCACUAUUUCUUCUCCAGGGUCUGAAUGUAUGGGAGAUCCCUCCAAAUGGGCAAGGAAUAACAGCGCUAUUAGCCCUGAACAUUUUAGAAAAUUUCAACUUGAAAGGUAUGACCAGCAUCUUAAAAAGUCCUAUUACUUAUUUGGGGUGGGGGUGGGGAGAAAGAAUAGGGAAGAAACAUUCCAAUUGUUUCAGCUUUAGGUCAAGAAAAGCCUCCAUUCGAAACCAAAACUACUGUUAGUCACUGCACUAAUUGUUAAUUGUUGUUAUUUUUUUAAAUUGCAGGUGACUUUACCUUUUUAAUGUACCAAAAUAAAUAACAGGGUAGGAAGUGUAAAUGUUUUCUGUUCACUCUGCAUCACCAUUUUGUCUCAAGACACUUUUAGCCGAGCAAUCCAAACUCUGCAAACUUGUCACACAAUAGCCCUCAACAAUUGUUUCCAGUGCAUGCCCUCUAGCUUGGAGCGCUGGUUGCUGGAAGAGUCCCAGGGGCCUUGGAGGUGGCAUUGCUUAGGAGCACAUGAGAUGAAACAUGUUUAGGGUGCAGAAAGGAGACUGGCUUGGGGAGGAAAAGGGGUGGGGGGCAGGGGGAGGGAGGGAGGGCAAGGCAGUGGUUGUGUACACACUCACAUUUACUCUGCACAUGACAUUUGCCACAUUCCACAUCUAUCCUGCAGUUUCUUGAGGAAUACUGCGUUUUGAUGUGUUCUAUUAGAUUUAAAAACCCGCGUGAAUAGACAGUAGACUACUUGGAGGCACAUGCAGCCAAACUGAUAUGCACAACAUUGUGCAAAAGUGAUUAUAAACACAGGUGAAAAAAUGGCCUCACUGCGUUUUAAACCAAUAAUGUGUACAUAGCCAAAUGUGGAUGGUGAAGGAGGAAGAGAAUAAAGGCAGGAAAAAAAAGUUAUAUUUCUCCCUUUGGCGCACUCCACAUACUGGAAUGUCUCUUAGGCUCUUAUAUCUAGAACAUAGUCUGUGAAUGAAUUCAGUACAAUUAUUACUUGUGUAGUCAAUUGUAGUUUUCAUGGGUGAGUGAUUCUUUUGACCUGAUGCUUGUGCUGGUUUACUUUUCUAGAAAUGGGCCAUAAUACUGCUCACUAUUUGCACGUCCUCAUCGAAGCUGUCAAAGUUAGCUUUGCCGAUACUUUAUGGUACUGUGCAGAUCCAGAAAAGGUAGCUGUGCCCACAACAAAGCUCCUUUCCAAACCUUAUGCCAGAGACCGUUCGAAGCUGAUAGAUUUACAGAGGUAAGGGGUCAUCUCUUGACUGCUUGUAUUUAUUUCUUAUUGCAUUGAUCUUCCACCUCCCCUCCAAGGCUCUCAAGAUGACUUAAAUGGCUCUACCCUCACAACUACUCAGUGAGGUAACUUCAGCUGAGGGUUGGUGACUGGCCCUGUGUUAUCCAGUGAGCUUCGUGACUGAGCGGGGAUUUGAACGCUGGUCUCCACGGUCAGAAUCCGAAGCUCUAAUCUGUAUACUUCUAUAGUGUUCUGAUCCUGAAAUAUGGAACAGUUGUUUUCUUUGGCCUUGGCUUUCUUUCAAAGUAGCUGCCUUCUUCUUGAUGUUUACACAUCAGAUUAUAGCCCUCUUUUAUUUGCAAUGGCCAGGAUCCAGAGAGUUAGUUCAGGCAUUUGGGCAUGCCCAAUGGGAUUUUUGACAUUUUUCUUUGAACAGCAGGCUGCAACACAGUAUCAGAAGCUUGCUUUUGAAAACCCGUUCAGUUUGAAAGUGGCUUUUGUGGAAUGGGGAACUCGAGCCCAAACUUUUGUAAGCAUCCAGAAAUAGUUGCACAGUUCUUUGGACCCCAGCCUAUGAAGUCAUGGCCAUGGAUUACCUAGUUCGGGUGAGGCAUUCAGGCGAAAGAUAAAUUAUUAUAGGAGAGCCUGACGAAAGCUGCAGAAUGCUUGUGGGCAUUUGUUUAUUUGUAUGGAAGCAAGUGGAAGUGUGUAUGUACGUGUGAGGGGAAAAUUGCUUCUGAUCGAGGUUCAAGCCUGCUGCUUAUUACCUCCCAACUGGUGCAUUCCACUCUAAAUACCACGAUUUUCCCUUUCCAACCAACACUCAACAUUCUGUGGUUAUUUCACAGUUAUUGCACAUGCACUAUCUUCAUUGGGCUAUUUGGGGUUUUAUGCCUCUUCUGCGUCAUUUCUUUCCGUUUUCUUUACUUCUUCCAUGAAGCAUACGAAAACCUAUUUCUUGCUUCUCAGCGACCCUGGCUACAUAAAUAUUGGCACUCGCCACUUGAGUAUGCUGUUGCAGGGAGGAAUGCCUAUUGAGAAAUCCAUGCAAAAAAUGUUGCCAGGAUGGUAUCCUUUGCCCAACGUGGGGCUCGAACCCAUGACCCUGAGAUUAAUGUUAGAUAAACAAACUUCUCACGGUUGUAAAUUGGUGAGCCUUCAUGCCUACAACACCAAGGUGGGAUCUACACACAUAUAAAAAAAAUUCAGAAAAUGCUUUAAAAAAAUACUUUGAAUUUUCCAUAAGGCUCACCAUUGCCGUCUAAUGUCACAUUGUAUAUUGCACUUAAAACACACUUAUUUGCAGCUGUAUCGCUAAGUCCCGCCAUGUCUUCAAUCAUAUACUUAGAAAACAACAGGCCUUGAAAACCCAAGGGACUAAGUACCUACAGUAGGGCAUACCUGAUUAUAUGUAUGUGGCAUUUUUAAAGUACCCAUGUGUGUUAGCCUCCUAUUGUGUACUUUAGAUAAAAAUGUUUGUUUAAAUUUGUUGGCAGCGUUGUGUUUGGGUUUCACCUCAUAAAAUAAUGCGGUAACCCCUUAUUUGAUCUGGUAUUACCUGACCAUAAAAAGACUUACAGGCACUGUUCCUUUCCUGUGCCGCUUUUGCCUUAUCUUUCUGUAACAUGCUAUUUGCUGUUUCUAGGGGGAGGGAGCAGGGAACUUCACUAGGAACUUGAGGCAAGGCUGCUUGUGAGUGAAGCUACAAUCUCUAUUCUACUAACGUAAAACUCGCACGGUCGCAGGCGUUACUGCAUCUGGGCUCAUUAAGAAAGGAAGAAGAAGCAUCCUCUGUUCUCACAAAGGCCAACCAGAUGCUCGAAAGUGAAGCCCACAAACGCGACAUGAGCACAAUGGGAUGUAAUGUGGUGUGGUGUAGUGGUUAAGAGCGGUAGUCUCAUAAUCUGGUGAACCGGGUUCGCGUCCCUGCUCCUUCACAUGCAGCUGCUUGGGCUAGUCACACUUUUCUGAAGUCUCUCAGCCCCACUCACCUCACAGAGUGUUUGUUGUGGGGGAGGAAGGGAAAGGAGAUUGUUAGCCGCUUUGAGACUCCUUAUGGUAGUGAUAAAGCGGGAUAUCAAAUCCAAACUCUUCUUCUUCUUUAUAAAUAAGCACACCUUGUUUAACCCGGCUUACAGGCGAACUCCCCACUUGUGCAGGGGUUAAUGUUCUGGGGCCCCGUACGCAUAAGUAAAAUUAUGUGAAAUGGAGAGCGCCCUCUAAACACGUCCCCUGCUGCUGUGUCUUCAAUCCAAACCAAAAUGGAAGCUCUGGGGCCAGCUGGAGGCAGCACAAGGAAGUGGCGGCUGCGGCUGCGCUACCCCACAUGUCAGCUGUUAGGUGGGGAGGCUGAGCAACUGAAACAGAGCCCCACUGCACCUCCAGUCUUUUUGCGGCUUCCUCUGCCCUCACUGACAUCCUCUUUGGGCUCUGGGGUGGGUCUUCUCAGAAAACCCCCCUAUAAAAUCAGAUAUUCGGGUUUAUGACUUUUUUUUUCUGUGUGAAGUUAUUGAAUUGUUGUUGUUUCCUUCAGGGCAACUGCCAAAUAUAAUCAAGGAAAUCCUUUCCCGGUUGGAAGUGACACUGUUUACUUCACAGUGGUGGAUACCCAAGGCAAUGCCUGCUCUUUCAUUAACAGCAACUAUAUGGGAUUUGGCACAGGGCUGGUACCAGAUGGCUGUGGAUUUACAUUACAAGUGAGAAAAUACUUUCAAGCGUGUGUGCAUGCGUGUACACACGUGUGGAGAGUGGGAAUGGAAAGAUCUGUCACUUUUGCUUCUCCACCUCUUAAAUUCAGUUCUCCACAUUUUGCAGCAAACUGCAAUUUUUUUUUAACGAUCGUCAUGAAAAUUCAUGAGCAUUUUAACGUGAAUUUCUCAUAAUAAACACAUUUUUAUAUGCUGUUUUGUCUAAGGUACACAUGUUUACAAGCAAUUUCCCCUAAUGCCAUGCAUUUUGUAUGUAAUUUUUACUAAUACACAUUUGCCCCUGAUGCAGUGGUACUUCGGGUUACGAACUUAAUUCGUUCCAGAAGUCUGUUCUUAACCCGAGGCGCGCAUUGCCUACACCGGCCUCCCGCGGCCCUGGAAGCAGAUUGCGUUUGUAUCCCAGGGCAAAGUUCACAACCCAGGACACCUACUUACGGGUUUGUGGAGUUUGUAACCCAAAGCGUUCAUAAGCAGGACUGUUCAUAACCCGAGGUACCACUGUAUAUGCAUUUUAAAUAUUGUUUGAUUGGAGAGCUUCAUUGAAAAAUAGGGAUGAGUGCAAAUAUCAAGCAAUAGCUGUGUUUCAGUUUGCACAUUGUUUCAGAAAGUACAAAGUAGAUAGAUUCAUCUUGACAUACAUAUUGAAACGAAUUUCUCCUCCGUCCAUAGUGGAGAGAGAGUGAAGAUUGCUUUAAUAUUAAUUGGUACACAGUGCUAUCUAGUAUAUAAUAUUGCUAUUUCAUAUCCUGGUUGGCUUUAAAAUGUUAUUUACAUUAAAUUAAAUCAAAUCAAAUCAGAUCAGAUCUUGUUACAAUAAGUUGAAUAUGGGAAGGGUUGUCCCUACAUUAAUGGAGGGAGUCAUUUAUUUAUUUGCUGUGCAGUAGUUUGGGGAGGUAUAUUUACCUAGGAGGUUACACUAGGGAGGUGGUUCAGAGUUUGGCAAUUUUUCACCUUAAUUUUAAAACUGUAUAUUUGGUACAUUUUGCAGUAGCAUCUUCAUAAUUUGUAACUGGCUGCUAUUUUAGCAGUGUAUGUGGGUUUGUUUUGCUAUUGCCUUUAUUAACAGCCUUAGGUAACUACAUAAAUUGUUAGGGAAUUGUCCUGUUAAUGCCCACAGGGCAGUUUUGCCAACCUCUGCCUUUUACUGUACUGACUUGUUUUUUAGAACAGAGGAGCCAAUUUUUCACUACAGCCUGGUCACCCAAACUGCUUGGCACCUAGGAAGAGGCCAUAUCACACAAUUAUACCUGCUCUGGCUACUGAUGCUGAUUCAGGGGAGCUUCUCUGCUCCUUUGGAGUAAUGGGUGGAUUCAUGCAGCCACAAGGGCAUGUUCAGGUGAGCCUCUGCAUCUUUUAACUACUUCUUUGUAAGCGUGCCAUUUGCAAACCCUACAGAAUAUCCUUUGCAGUUCAAGAUGCGUGUUUGCAAACAUUUAGAAUUCAUGUGUUUGAGGCUGUUUCAGGGUUUGGGAUUUGCUUGGUUUUUGUUGUUGUUGUCGGCUUGCCCGACUGCAUGCCUUCCUCUCCACCUGACACACCUGUCUCACCUCUGAGACCCAUACGUGGGUAUGCAAUAAUACCUGAAUACAGCAUAUCCGGCAUAAAAUCCGGUGAACUUCACAAUCGACAUCCUAGAUGAAGUCAGCUGCACGAACUGGGUGUACUCGUGUUCGAUUUCAUGCAAUUGUGCCCUACUGAAAUGUUAGGCCAAUGAAUGGGCAUCUGACUUGUUGAAGAGGGCAAGUCUUCUGUUGCUGUCUUCCCCCAUGAUUGGGUACGUGUAUCGUCUGAUCCAGCUUGCAGUGCUGCUUCAGUACAGUGAAACUGUCUUUGUUUUUCAUAAUGAAGAUAAAAUAUAACUCCUCUUCAGUUGCUUUGUCAGUCAUGUUGUGAUUUCCACCAUUUAUGUGGAUUAAAAAAAAACUAUUUUGCCCAGGCUGUUGCUGCUCUGUGAAUUUAUGACUUCCUAAGGAUGUAUCAAAUUUAUGUAAGAAGCUUGUCUUUCCUUGUUCAUCUUACCCCAUUCUGUACCCCUUGUAGGUACUGCUCAACAUGUUGGAAUUUGGAAUGAAUCCACAACAGGCUUUGGAUGUGCCUCGUUUUUGUGUUGAAUAUGACAGAAAGGGUAAGACAUGUUUUUAAACGCACAUAAUGAGCAUACAGACACCGAACAACCUCAUCUUAUUUUAAUAGCUGUGGGAAAUCUAAAAUAUGUAGUUCAUCAGAAUCAGGAACACAGGGAAGUGCUUUAUUCUGCAUCUAGUUUGGUACACACAUGGACAGAGAUGCAACAAAUAACAAAUGUCACACUAAGGUCUUUCUUUCUUUCUCACACAUAGAUACAUUUCUUUUUUUGCAUCCUGUGGAAAUGGGUUGGAAUAUUCUCUUUGCCUUUCAAGGGAUCAUGAUUUAGAGCAGUCUUCCUCAGAUUCGGCCCUCCAGAUGUUUUGAGACUACAAUUCCCAUCAUCCCUGACCACUGGUCCUGCUAGCUAGGGAUGAUGGGAGUUGUAGGCCAAAAACAUCUGGAGGGCUGAGGUUGAGGAAGCCUGAUUUAGAGCUAUGAAUUAAUGCUUUCGUUCAAUCCAAGUCUUUUGGGUUGAAUGGCAUUUAUGAAAUUGAUUAGUAUUCCUGCAGUAUUGCACGUCCAGUUUAAUCCUUGAAUGCAUUUCUUUUAUACAGUGGAUGCAUGGCUCGUGUCCUUGGAAGAUGGCAUCCCUCAGAACAUCACAGAAGCACUGAUAGCCAAGGGACAUAGGGUCGUGGCACCCGUAACUGGGCACAACAGGAGCAUGUUUGGACGGGGCCAAAUUAUCACCAAAGGAGACUGGUGGAGGCACUGGAGAAUCCUGCCUUCUUCUAGCAAUGUAUUCUGGGCAGGGUCUGAUCCCCGAGCUGAUGGCUGUGCAUUAGGAUAUUAG